GUUAAAUAAUCAUGACGCUGAUCAGCUGAAAAGCGUGACAUGUUGACGAGAGUCAAUAAUCACCUUGUUCACUGAUUCACAUGUCUCUCUUAUCUCAAACAUCGUUGAAGCUCGAACCACCACAUUCACUGGAUAAAUUACUUACUACUGGACUUCAGAAAGCUAUUGUGGAAAUUAAAUGCUUCAAUUCCAACCAGUUCAAAUCGUACAGACCUCGAGUCAUAGUUACCACCAUAUUUUGAAACAGAAUUAGUAAACUGAGCUAAAUUCCACUAAGCGCUACUGACUGCUACUAUCUCCAAGAGAUUUUCAGUGUUUACUGACUAAGUCUCUUCCAAGUGACUUCUGGAAAGUGAAUGUUGACAGCACAGAUAACUAAUUGAUUGCCUGAUAAAUGGCUGUCUUUUGCGAGACUCUCUGAGAAAUGUGGUAAAUGUUCGAUAACAUUAUUCCACUCUAUGCAUUGUGACAAUUCAUUGACGCAUUUAAAUGGAAUAUGAGUUAAGUGGAAAGAAUUCAAAAUAAUGCAGCCUUCGUGGGUCAGUUCGCCCUUGAAACUACUUAUUCUCCUGUUGAUAUUCUUCGGUUUCAUGUAUGUAUUCUACUUGGUGGGCAUGAAGUCAGAUGAACAUGGUCCAAUAUUUGUCGUCAACUACACAUCGGUCCUUGAUAAUCAGUUGAAAGAGAUGGUUGUUUUAUUUCCAUUUCAGGUGGGCUGUUAUCGACUCAAAUAUGACCAGGUGGGUCGUCUACAGCCAUCUCUGAAUCUACUAACUUGGCCACAGUUGGAAGCCAAAUAUGCAUCUUCUCAGCCAAGGGAUUACAUUGUGCUCAACAACUCAGCAGAAAAUUCCGAUUUAAAACCUUUAUUUGGAUCACUUUACACUAGAUAUGAUGCAGCAUUGCCAAACGUUACAAGUGUAUCAAAUGAAAGUGAUGAAAGCGAAAGAGUCACCGAAAAGCACAGUUUACCUAAAAUAUGGACUCCAAUGGGUUGUUCUACUAGCAUGUCAUCAGCUAUAAUCAUUCCAUAUCGUAAUCGCGAUGAACACCUACGCAUUGUAACAAAUCAUCUACAUGCGUUUAUAAGGCACCAAAAAAUACCAUAUACCAUUUUCGUGAUUGAACAGACCGGUAAAACUAAAUUUAACCGUGGUGCUCUCUUAAAUGCUGGGUUUCUUGAGGUUUCAAAGUUGCAGGAGUAUAGCUGUUUCAUUUUACACGAUGUGGACAAACUGCCUGAAGAUGACCGUCUUACUUAUACGUGUAAUUCACGUCCGACGCACUUUUCCUCUGCACUUAGUCAGAAUGAUUACAAAGUACUGUAUAGGGAUUUUUUCGGUGGUGUUGUGGCAUUUACACGUGAACAGUUUCUGGAAAUAAAUGGAUUUUCAAACCUAUAUGAAGGAUGGGGUGGUGAGGAUGAUGAUUUAUUGACUCGAGUUAGUCAAUCCAAAUAUGGGGUAUUUCGAAUCAGUACAGAUAUUGGUCGUUACUAUACACUGAGUCAUGCCACUGAUAAGUUGAAUGAAGUCAAUCCAGACCGCUACGCAUUGUUAAAAAACGCAUCAGCACGUAUUAAAAUUGAUGGACUGAAUACAUUGGACUACAGUGUUAUCUCUUCACAAACCAUGUACAACGGUUUACUUCAUUGGAUUUCCUUGGAUAUACCAUCAGUGAGGAAGAGUCAUUUAUAGUGAAAAUGGAUGUACACUGAUACAAGGUGAAUUUGUCUGCUUAAUAUCAUGAAAGACAGAAGCCAAUUCAUUCUGGUAAUACACUUUGUUGAUACAAGUGAAUACACAGUCGAUCUACACACAUUUUACUUUUGGUUUUGUAUAAUAAAACUCGUCCUUGUAUUCCUUGUAUUCACCAAGUUCACAGCUUAUAUUCAUAUAUAAAUAUAAAUAAUGAUGUGUACAGGUAUACAAUAAAUGUAUUAUCUUAGUCUUUUCUUCUUAAAUCUUUCUGCCUAACAUGCGAACGAGUUUGCAAGAUUUUCAACACACAAUUCACGUUCACUUAAUUCUUUUGAUUGUAUUUACAUGAAUGGGUAAACGUAUUAUGGCAA